AUUCUGUUUUUUGACAACAGAGGGCGAUUUAUUUCACACGUGUGUAUUAUUUUGAAAUUGAAAGAUGAAUAGGGCGAUGUAGAACAACGAUGAUAAAUCUUUCAAGGCUAGAAAUCAUUCUACUUAAAUUACCAUGAAAUAUAAUCGUUAUUUUUCUCAAUUAAUUACUACAUUGAUAUGUUUACGGAGACGAUCCAGAUAUCGAAUAUUAAUUUUACUAGUACUUGUUUUAAAUAUAUUUUUACUAAUUAUAAUUUUUAUAUAUAAACAUUAUUUUACUUGUUUACAUUCGGAAGUAGUACAGGCAGUUUCUUUAAUUUGUAAACAUUAUAUAGAUGGUAAAGCACUUGGCAACUUAUGUCAUGACCUUUGUAUAUCUGAAGUUUUAAAACCUACAGAUUGCCAGCCACAUCAUGUUGGAAAAGAUGUUGUAUUUAAAGCAAUGUGGGGAGAAAGGAAAUUAGUAUUAAAAGGAUCUAUGAUGGAUGAAAAUCAAUAUGAUCCAGUAUACUGGACAGAUGAAAAUGGCUCUGCAGUUUAUCCGGAUGUCAAAAUAUUUUACAAGAUGAUUUAUGAUACCAUCAGCAGAAAUUUAAAUACAUCAUGCAUCAAUAAUGAUAAUAUGUUAACAAAAUUAUGGACAGCAAAUAUUUCAGAUAUAUCUCAUCUCUCAACUGACAUGCAACAUAUUGCAAUGAAUAAUAUUUGGCAUUUGUUGCAACAAACUGAAUAUUUAUUUUCAAAAUGUUUAGAAGAUCAAAAUAUUUUUCCUAAAAUUAUAGGAAGCUGUGGUUAUAUUUACGCUGUUGAAUAUACCCAACCUCUUCAAAACUUUAUGUUAGUUUUAUAUCCAACUUGGCAGGAAGAUUUCUACAAAAGAACAGAAAUAGCAAAAUUAUUAUUAGAAUAUGUAAAAAUGUUAGACAAUGACCAUAUGAAAACUGAAUUAGGCAAAAUACAUCUAUGUGAUGUAAAGAUAGGCCACUUUGGACGCGAUGUUAAUGAUAAAAUUAAAUUAUUAGAUGUGGAUAUGGUCUUUUUUGAAUCUGUACUUUUGGAUAAUAUCAGAAUAACAAAAAAGUGUUCAAAUCACCAAGACUGUUCAUUCAUCGAUUGUAAAGGAUCUUGCAAUUUUACUUCUGGGCAGUGUUCUUUGAUUGUUCAAGAUGACAAUCUUCAAAGAAUAUGUCGUAAUAUAUUUUCCGGUCACAUUAUGAAACGUUUUGGUCUUCUCAGUUCUCCUCCAAUUGAUAUUGCAUCAAAAUUACAAGAUAUAUUAGAAAAAUGUAUAGAAGGUAAUGCAAAGGACUAUGUUUUAGAUCAAUUAUAUAAAUUAUUUGAUAAACAUUAACUAAUCACUAAUAUAAAUUUAUUAUUUUUUGUGUUGAAUUGAAUCAAA